AUGAUUCUUCUUGAUUUACCGCCCGAGAAUCUCGACCACAUCGCUUCGGCGAUCGACUCUCCAGCCGAACUCGGAAACCUCGGCGCAACGUGCAAGCUGCUUCAUUCGAUCGUCUCGCCCAACCACACCCAAUAUCGCGAGAUAAGGGCACCUAUGUUGUCUCCAGUAUGGAAGAAACUCACGGAGAACCAUGCCCUCGCACAGAACGUGCGCGUCGUCGAGGUUCAAUCCACACGAUUCAAGAAAUUUCACAACCGCGUCGACGACCCGAUCGUCCCUGUCGCCUAUCGAGAUGCAGAGGCCAUCGUUGAGAAGGGAAUGGACAGAAGUGGUUCUCCCGAAGACCGUAGAGCCGCGAAGAUUGCAGCCAAUCUUUCCGCAGAGAGAAUCUUUGUUGAGGCUCUCGAAGCCAUGGUUAAUUUAACCUCGUUCCACUGGUCGCACACUCCUACCCUCAUCGAUCCCACGAAAGAGAGCAGCGUAUGGGAAGUCAUUGCGAGGCUUGACAGGAUUUUGCACCUACAUGUAAUCGAUGUUAACUUCUGGACCAACUUCGAAGAGCCAUACACUAUUGCCACGAUGCAACAAGAGAUAGAUGAUUCAGCGUGUCACAGGCCAACUUUCAAUCCGAAGUUUUUCUCACUGGGAUGCCUCAAAACAUUUUCAUUGCACACGGGAGCGUACAGCCAUGAAACUUCUCGUAACCCUGGACCUGACUUGGAACGACUGACAACAAUGCUCGUUCACGGGUGUGGGCCAGACUUAGAGACACUGAGUCUUUCAAUUAUAGGCAGGGGAAGCCCUUACAGGCCACACAUAUCGGCCCUCAAAGAAUCUGUUCUUUCAAGAUCCUGGAGCCAUCUGACAGAGCUCAAGCUGUGGGAAUGGGUAUACGCUCCUGAACAACUCGGUCUCUUUCUCGCUCUUCAUCCUACUCUGGAAAGGUUGACGCUCUCACAGCAGUCUCACUAUAGCUGUUUAGCGCCGUCAUUUCCCUCCCAAUCCCUUGUUCUUCCGAAUCUUCGUCGAAUUUGUGCUUACGAGUGUGGGGAGCAUGUUGUUGGCGCUAUUCUGCAUGCGAAAGUAUAUACUCCUCGACCACUAGAAGAGAUCCAGUCUGUUACUAUCAGCCAUGAUUUCCUUGACCAUCUGCACCAAAGUGGUGGUGGGCCACUGCUCAAAAGGCUUGGGAUCUCUACUGCAUCAAGGCUUAUUGAAGACACACCAACUUUUCAUGGCUUGAUACAGCGGCUCGCUGAGGUAGCGCCCAACCUAGAAGUGCUGACAGUGGACUCAAAGGCUACAUUGGUACGUGCUGUCACUCUGCCCGGUCCACAGAUAAGUCUCAAGCUGCUGUUGUAG